CUUAAAUCAAGUGAGUUAUUUAUUUUGCAUAAUGUAUAUUUUUAGUAAUAUUUUCAAAAACUGUUGUCAUUUAAUUUUAAACUACACUUGCACACAUACUGUUGGAAAAAUAUCCCUUGUUCCGUAUUUCGUGGUCGAUCGGUAUGGAACGAGUACAUAGCAGUGGCGAAUAGAGUGCACCUGAAGGGUAAGGUGAGGCACAGGCUCGUAGCGGAGGAGCUUACGAGAUGAUUAAAGAGGCGGAUGCCGACAACGACGGCCGGAUAAAAUCCGAAAAUGCGAAAUAGUGGAAGACUUUAUUAAACUAGUUUUCGUUGAUGUGAUAUGCUAUCAAUUCAUGUUGAGUCAUUAAUGGUUGAUUGGGUUGACUAUUAGUAUUGACUGUCAGCUCUAAGAUUAGACCAUAUUUGUCAGGUAUUCAUGAAGAUCAACUAGUUUUGUCUUUGUAGAAAGUUUGGACUAAAAUUGUUAAUUUACAUAGAGUGUAGGAGAUAUCGAGCUAUUUAUCUAAAUUAUUAUUAUGCUUAUAGUUCUUAAAAAAUAUUUAUUUCAGGUUUAAAUUUUUUUUCUUUCUUUUUGGUACAUUAAGUGUAAGCAAACAUGCACUAUAGAUGAUGAGUCGAUGUAGUUCUCCAUGUUUGGGAUACAUGUAACUAAAUGAGAAAUUUUACAAUGCUAUAUAGUAUUGGUGCUAUAGGGUUUUGCCUUUAUGGUACUGAUGGACGAUCGUUUCGUCCAUCGCGUAAUUGUACGAACUAAAACUAAAAUAAACUGAAAUACUGAUUUAUUCUUCUUUGACUGCUUAAAACAUAGAAACAAAGUACAUAUUUAUAGUUGAACCGGAAAACCUAAUCACUUACCAAUCCUACAAGGAUACGGUAACUUAAUCCUAAAGAAACUACCUUAAAUAAUUUAAUAAUUAAUACGAUUUCUAAACAAUAACUAAAACCGACUCAUAAACUUAUAAUAAUAAUAAUGAUAAUUGGCCGUCAAGAAUGAUAAUGCGUCAAUCCUCCCCCCUUCGAAGAACUUCGUCCCCGAAGUUCAAGCGUUAUCUCAACCAGGAUCGACGAAAAAGUUGUUGACGAUAGCGAAUAAAACGGAUGUUCGUUGAUGCCGCCCUCGUUUACGGAACUUCCAAUUACGCUCGGGUACCCGAACCAACCCUUUAUCACUGGACUCUCCAAACGCCGUUGAGCCCUUCUUAGCGCACCACUCGAACUUUCCUUUGCUUGAGGUGACCGUCCUCCCACACAGUGGCCAAAUAUUGCCCGACUCCCCACUUCCUUUCUUCAAAAACAACUUCCCAUGCAUGGAAUAAAGUUCUCCAUACAUGCCUCCAUCCAUGCUAAGUACGUAAGUAUAAGAAAUGGGCGUACCAAUGCAAAAUUGGCUCUCAUGCCAUUUCCCCCAUAUACGACCCAAUCCAUCCCAAAUAGCAACGCACUUUAGCUCCCUCCUUUCAGAAGCAGCUCGAGCUAGGAGUUUGUCCAAAACCCCCGAUCCCUCUCGGCUCCCUUCCUCUAUCAAUCGCCUGAGUUUCCUAGCUCCCGCCGUCUCAUGAACUUGAACCGCGCCGGCUCCGAAACUCUCAGCAGCACCACUACUAUUUUCCUCCGUCCCCGUUGGCCCACUCGACCGAAGCCCUUCCACCCCGCGACCCACGCUCGAGCCCACUCCAUAUAUGAGCCCAUGCGUGAGUCCUCCUAUACGUACCCCGAGUCCGUUUCGAUGUGCGGCAUGUCUGGCCUGUUGAUCGCGGCCCAACCCUCCAUUGAAUCGGAACCCGAACUCAGGACGCAAGGGAGCUGAUUCCCCCAUGUUGAACACUAGCGGCAGCAAACGAUUAUGGCGAAUCUACAAUUAGCUUCUUCAUUGGUGGCGCCUCGGUAGGCGAUCCGUCCACCUUGUCGUUGUGGAGCAUGGUUGCACGCAGGACCUCUUCCCGACAUUGGUGGCUGAACGUCGACGAUGUCUUCCUUGGGAGCCGGUAAGAGCUCGGUUCUGUCAAACCAGGCUCUGAUACCAAUUGAUGGACGAUAACUUAAUAAUAACAAUAAUGAUAAUUGGCAGUCAAGAGUGAUAAUGCGUCAGGUACAACUUCAAAUUGUACAUUUACGUUAUGGUACAACUACAAGGAUACGAUAACUUAAUCCUAAAGAAACUACCUUAAAUACUUUAAUAAUUAAUACAAUUCCUAAACAAUAACUAAAACCGACUCAUAAACUAAUAAUAACAAUAAUGAUAAUUGGCCGUCAAGAGUGAUAAUGCGUCAGGUACAACUUAAAAUUGUACAUUUACGUUAUGAUACAACUUCAAAUUGUACAUAUACUUUUUGUACAAAUUCUUUUAUGGUACAACUUGAACUUGUACCUUUAUGUGAUGGUACAACUUCAAGUUGUAAAGUUAUACCAUAACAUAAUGAUACAAAUUGCUUUAUGCUACAACCUAAACUUAUAAAUUUAAUGUUAUGGUACAACUUUAAGGUGUACAUUAAAGCACCAAUACUAUAUAGCAUAGUAGAAGUGCUCGUAACUAAAUAAGGGUUAAAAUAAAUAGAAAAUAUUGAACAUGGUGAGCAAGUAAUCAAAAAAAGUAAGCGAUUCUUCUCCUGGUCUCCGGACAAGCUUCUCGUUCUUCUCCGUUCAAAUGCACUAGUUUUUUUGCCCGCACUUCGUUGCGUUAAGAAACUAAUAAUUUAGGUGAAAUUAAAGAAUUUACAAAAUUAUAUGAGUAAAGUAAUUCCACAAUUUUACAUAGUGUCUUAUUAUUGUGAAUAUUCGGUGUUUAAUCACUAUGGAAGACCUACAUAAUAUAUUUGUUUAAUUGAUACAUAAAAAUCAUUAUUUUUCCAUAAAAUUAUGUAAAGUAUUAAUCAUUAUAGAAGACUCGUGUAAUAAUUUUUUUUACUGAUACAUAACAAAUCAUAUCCCUCUGUGAAUUUUACGUAAUGGAUUGGUAAUUUACAUAACUGUUAUAGAAUGUUGUUACAUAAAUCUUUCAUAACGUGUGGUCUAAUAAUAAAAUCUAAGUUAUAGAACGUAACAUUUGAUUAAAUUGUUAUGUCAAAGUUAACUAACCUUGUGCAACCUUUGCAAACUUGAUUACUUUGUGAAUAUUUAUAUUUUAGUAAAUAAUGAUUAACUUUUAGGUAAUAAUGAAGGAAUUACGUGACAAAAAUAUCGCAUUUGAUUAUAUUGAUGUGUAAAAUAGCUUAACUUACAAAUCCUUUGUGUAGUGCAAAUUGAUGAGAUGAUCAAUGGUUUAGUUAAUAAAUAAAAAAAAAUUCUCUUUCAAACUUAUAUUCCGGGUACAUAAUAUGUUUGUUUAAUGGAUACAUUUAAAAAUUAUUAUCUUUCCAUAAGUUUUACAUAGUAUUUUAAUUAUUACGAAAGACUUAUAUAAUAUCUUUGCUUAGUUGAUACAUAAUAAAUCACUAUUCCUCUAUGAAUUUUACUAAUAUAUUUGUAAUUUAUGUAACUGUUAUAGAAUGUUGUUAUAUAAAUCUUUCAUAAAGUGUGGUCUAAGAACAAUACCCCUUGGCAAAAAAUUUUAUACAAAACCUUUAUAUAAGGCAAAUAAAAAUGAGCUUAUGAUGAGAAACUAAUUAUAUAUAAAAUGUGAACUAUUCAUUUAUGUUUUAGUUAAAAUAAAAUAAUUCGAAAAUUGUAAAAUACUUCUAUAAGUUUACCUAGAAUUAUUUAACUAAAUCAUGAAAUGAAUAGUAUGUAAAAGUUAAUGGAUCUUAUAUAUAUAGAACCUUUUUGUAAUACAAAUUGAUGAGAUGCUUAAUAUUUUAGCUCUUGUUAACGAAAUUGAAUUAUAAAAAAUGUCACAUUUGAUUAAACUGUUACCUAAGAAAUAAUCGACCUUACAAAACUUUUGCGUAAUGUAUUAGAACACACAUUGACUUUUGUGUAAUGAUUAUGAUAAAAAUUUAUUUUUUAUGUAUCAAUUAAACAAACACAUUAUGUAAGUCUCCCUUAAUAUGAGUUUGAACAAAAUUAUUUUAUUAUUAGCUAAAUUUUCGAUCAUCUCAUCAAUUUGUAUUGCAUCUCAUAAAUAAUUUUUUAUCAUAAAUAUAUUAAAAAGUGUUUUGUGGCUCUCUUCCGAUGAAAAUGGGUUAGGAACUACUUUUUCGUAUUGAACAGUGUUUUAAGGUUUGGUUUACUUGCGCUAUUAAUUAAAUAAUAAUUUUCCAUGUGUAUGUUAAAAAUAGUGCAGUCAACCACUAUCGUUCCGGAAAUUGUUAAGUCUCGUCACACCACAAAAUAACCUUGACUAAUUCAUUUGAAUAUACCAGCCUAAAAAUAAGAAUAAAAAAUAGAAAACACAGGACAAAUUGAACUGAAAUAAAAAAACCCAGAAAUCGAUCAUAUCAUUUUUGAAGAAAAUUGUAUGAAAACAUGAAAGAAGGUGAUAUUUCACAAAGCAAAGCCGAAGACAUUCUAACCGACAAACCAAUCAACCCCUUUCAACACCUCAACAUAAUCCUUAAUCCUGAUGGGUCAGUCUGUCGCCUUCUAACCAGCAUUCCCGUCGUUCCCAACUCCGACCCCUCCUCCGGCGACCCUGUCCUUUCCAAAGACUCCAUCAUCAACCCCACCACCAACACCUUCGUCCGCGUAUACCUUCCCCUCAAAUCCACCACUGCAGAGCCUCCACGACGACUCCCGAUUGUGUUCUAUUUCUACGGUUGCUCUUGGGUGCAGUUUUCUGCGGACAAUCCUCCCCUCCACUUGGAGCGCCAACGGACAGCAAUCGCGAUAUCAUCCAUCAUAAUCCUCGUCAAUUACCGCCUUUCACCGGAGGUUCGCCUCCCUGGACAGUAUGACGAUGCAAUGGACGCCCUCCUCUGGGUGAAGAAACAGGCAGAAGAUGACCAAAAUGGCGACCCCUGGCUCCGCGAGCAUGGUGACUUCUCCCGAUGCUUUCUCAGCGGGUCCGGGAACGGCGGGAACAUUGCUUUCCACUGCGCGGUUGGCACCGUGGACGUGGACCUGGGUCCCCUCCGGAUUGCAGGGGUGAUCAUGAACCAGCCGUUGUUUGGAGGGCAGAUGAGGACGAGGUCAGAACUUCAGUUCGCCCGCGACCCAAUUGUGCCACUCCCGGUGUUGGAUCUCGUUUGGAAGUUGGCGCUACCGGAGGGCGUGGACCGCGACCACUAUUACUGCAACCCAAUGUCUGCUGGGCCCCACCUCGCCAAGAUUCCGUUCCUCCCUCGCUGCCUUGUCAACGGCUUUGGGAUGGACCCCACCGUGGAUAGACAGAGGGACUUCGUUCAAAUGUUAAUUUCGAUGGGGGUCAAUGUUGAAGCUCACUUUGAGGAUGUUGGAUUCCAUAGGAUUGAAAUUGUGGACCCCAGGCGCCAUGAUGCCCUCAUCACUCUGUAUAAAGAGUUCAUCUCUGUUCCCAAUUUGGGAUACAAUAUUGAAAACUAACUAACUAUUCACAUCUAAAAUCAUUUUCAACCUAUAACUGAUUGGUUCGUAUAAUUUCAUUUAUCAAAUCAUCUCAAUCAUUUUCAUACCUUCAUUUACAUAAGUAGAGUGUUAUCAGGAAAAAAUCCCAAGUUACACAUGUUUUUAAAAAAAAUUCUCAAAAUACACAUGUUAUGAAAAU